AUGAAGUCCAAUGCCGCCCUCGCCGCGAUCGGUUUCGGCAUCACCGCCUGGGCUGCUCCGGCCGACACCUGUCAUGACUACUCUGUUGGAAAGAGUCAGUGCUACACGGCCACCAUCACGGUCGGCGAGGUCAACCCCUGCCCGUAUCAAGAGUGCCCGUUCCUGCACCGCUGCCGCGCCACGCCGCUGACGACGAGCACCAUUGUUCCCAUUCCCUGCAAGUAUGUUCAGUUCUCUGCCUCGCUCAUCUCUUUUGUUACCGUCGCAUCAUUGACCACAACCAGGAACCCCUGCUGCCGCAAUACUGCCACCAAGACGGUCACCACGUCAUGCGGCACCUGCCCCACGACCUGCACUGCGAUGUUCACGGAGACCAUCCACCGCUACGAGGAUAAGUGCGAUGAAGACGGGUUUGCCCUCAGCUACGACGCUGCAGCUGCUGCUGUCCCGGCCCACGUCGAUGCCACUCCUACUGCUGAGCCCGGCCGGGGUGGCGUUGCUGCUCCGAACCACCAGCCUCCUCCUGGGCCCACCGCCCGCCCCAUUGAUGACUUGGUUGAGGUCGAAUGCAACCCUCGUGUUCUUCAGGAGAUGCGUCAAAAGAUUGAGGAGUUUGAGACCAGCCCUCCUGAGCCUGACGUGAUCUUGGACCUGCGACAGCAGCUGCGCGAGCAGUCGGCCAUUAUUUCGGCCUACCGACAGUUGAAUUUCGUGGAAAAUACAAAAGUAGAAAUGGGUCUCCAUCGAUACAAGCAUGUCAAUGAAGAGCAAAUUGUUGAGGACCUGAGACAGACGACCGUCGGACAGCACUACCGGAAGCGUUCGCCGCCACCGCUGUCGCUCGGCCCAGACGGCUCGGUAGCCACACCGCAGCCGACGCACCACUUUGGCCCCGGCGGUAGGCGCCCGGAUGCCACCACUGAAGGGGGUGACGCGGCGGUCGAGACGGCCACACGGACGCCGACGCCCGAGGCUCGCAAGGACUGGCGCCCUCUUGUGGCGGAGCCUGACUAUGAGACUGAUGUCGAAAGCAAAGCGGACCAUCCCUCUCGCCCCUUGGUCAAGAAGCCUGGAUUUGCGAUUGAGGCCGAAGAUGAGCUGGAUUCCUCGUCGCCGCCCGUCAACCACAUCCCUCGUGCCAAGAUUCUCCAGGAUGAGCCCGUUGACGAGGCUGUCGAGGAUGCCGAGGCCGCUGCUCCCUCUCCCGUGACCAAGGACGAUGAUACCAAGACGCCUACCGAAGAUGAGCUAUUCCCGGAGCUGUGGCACUCCAAGUGGGGUCACGGCCCUGUCAACAACUGGCCCUCGCCUUCCACCCCUGAUUCCCUGCCGCCCGUCCUGGGCUCGCCUCAAGGCCUGCCUACGGACGGUGGUAUGGCUGAUGCAGCCCAUGCAGCUGCAGAAACUGAUAUGCCCACGCCUACGCGGGCUCCCAUCGCUGCCCGUAGACCGCCCUCACACCUGGGGCCUACGCCCUUGGCCGCGUACAAGAUCCACGAGGAGGUCGCUGAGGCUGCGGCUGCUCAUGAUGUUGCUUAUUGGAAGAAGUUUGGCGAGGAGCAGGCUGCUAAGCAGGCUGCUGCCGAAAAGGCUGCUGCUGAAAAGGCUGCUGCUGAAAAGGCAACUGUCAAAAGGGAAGCUUCCGACGAGGCCGCUGCUCCUGAGCCUGCGGACAGCGCCAACGGUGUCAACGACGGCAAUGAUGGUUAUAAGGACCCUUACCCCGACCCCGAUACCGUGGGUGGCGUGCCCAAGUACGAGAAGCCCCAUCACCCUCACCACAUCCCGCCAAACAACGUCUAG